CUUGUUUUUUUAAUUUUCCCCAAUUUUUUUCUUCUCUUUUUUUUUUGUUUUUUUGUUUUUUUUUUUUGGCGAACUCUCCUCAUCAUCGAUGGAAAAGGGGAAAUCGUUGGCGAACACCGAAUUAGCAUCGUCGCUCAAAAAUCUGCACCUCGCGCCGCGCCCGAAAUUUACUCCUUCGAAUUCGUUGUCCCGAUCCCUCGCUACUUCAGCUUUACCUGUAAAGAGUUCCAAGCCUAGAAAGUUAGUCAGUUUGUGCCUCGGGUUUCUUGGGGAACAUUUCGAGGAUAUCAUCACCGAUAUUUCGGAGGUUGCUGCUGGAUUUCCUCCUGAUAUCAAGUUGGCAAUGGCAGCUAUAGCAAGGAGGAGAAGAUUAUUAAGUGAUGAUGUCCUUAUAUCGCUUGCUGAAAGCUCGUGGGAGCUUCUAGAUAUCUCUGGCUCUGAUGUCACCGACUCCGGCUUGUCAACUGUAGCAAAGAUUUGUACUAAUUUGCGUGCUGUUGAUAUUAGCCGGUGUGAAAAGGUUACUGUUGCUGGUGUUUCUGAGCUUAUAUCUCAUUGUCGGUCUCUGGAGAUAUUGAGAUGCGGAGGGUGUCCGAGGAGCAAUUCUACUGCACGCAGAUGCUUGUGUAUCUUGAAGCCCAAACUGAACGUAGUGGAAGAAGAAUCGUGGGAGGAGCUGGACAAAGUGGACAUCGGGAACGGUGCACAGUCGCUAAGGUGGCUUGUAUGGCCUAAGAUUGAUGAGGACUCGAAGGUAACUUUGGCUAAGGAAUGCCCUCGGAUCAUCGUGAACCCACAACCCUCUCCGAUUGGCUUUCGAGGGGUACAAGUACCUGCCAUGGCAUUACCGGAUGUAGCUUUGGACCAUUCCGCAGUCGAGGACAUCGAUCCCAAAACAUGGGCUGUUUCUGCCGUUCCGAGGAGGAGCAGCCCCACACCCUCUUCCUCGGACGACGCCCCUGAAAUGCACAUCGCUGAGAGGUUCAGGCUCGCGUUCUUGGAGAGGGAGGCAAGGCUGGCUCCAAAGAGGGCCAAGAAAGCGAGGCAGCAGAAGAGGCGCGCGGAGAGGGAGUAUAUGAUGACGAGCAUCGAUGCUAAAUCCAUCGCCCUCGCCGCAGAGGCUAGCAAGUUCUUGCAUAAGAGAUAAUUCAGUUGGCCACAUUUUACAUCUUAAAUUCGUGUUUGUAGACAGUUAUAUAAUAUUAUACCGAGUUAAAUUCCGCCUCUCGUCGGCUUUUGUAACUCAGCGAGCGUGUACCAUAAUCAACUAGAUUUUGUUCAUUUUAUUUCUCAGAAACUCUGUUUUUGACGCUCUACUGUUUUUUUGUUUUUCUUUUGAUCCGUAUGUAUAGAAUGAAUUAAUCACAUUUGGAUUUCCCUCUCCUCUUUUUUA